GUCAUGUCGUGACAGUCGUAUCUGCUUCGGUUAGCUUUGGAAGUAGAGGGGCAAAAGGAAUACAAAGAUAAUAAAUUAUCCGUUUGUUAAAUACUGAUACUGUAGCGUAAACAAACGUUAUCGAACAUUGAUAUACAUAUUCAAAAAAUCAGAGUGUCUACAAGAAUGUUUGGACUAAAAAUAGCCAGGAAUCCACCACCAAAUUUAAGCAUUGUGCAAGAAGUGCUUGGUAUAAAUCCUCUUUCAUUGAAAAAAGAUAAUACCAUGUUGAAAGAUCAUGGUAAUGGAGAACAAUAUUGCAUGCGAGUGGUGGCUCAUCGUGGUGGAGGAUAUGAUUUUCCUGAGAACAGCUUAUCAGCCUUUCGUAAUAGUAAAGAAAGAGGCUGUACUGCAGUUGAAUUUGACUUAUCUCUUACAAAAGAUAACGUGCCUAUAAUAUUUCAUGAUCCAACAAUUGAUAGAAUUACUGGAAAAACUGGACUUAUUAAAGACAUGACUUGGGAUCAAUUAAAGCAAUUAGAUAUUACGUAUAAUCAUCCACUUAAAGAUAAAUUUAUUGAAGGUGAAAAAAUUCCAUUACUUUAUGAAGCUUUAGAAACAUGUUUAUCAAAUGAGCAAAGAAUAAUCAUUGAUAUAAAAGAAUCAAGAAUGGAGAUAGUGCAAGUAAUUUUAGAUGCAUAUAAGCAAUAUCCAAAGUUAUUUCAAAGAGCAGUUGUAUCCAGUUUUAAUCCCAUUGUUAUAUAUAUGAUUAGAAGAAAGGAACCCAGAAUUGUAGCAAGCCUUGCAUGGAGACCCCAAUAUUUUUCUAGAACAUUAUAUUCAGGUUUAGAUGGCUCAGCUCCAGUAAGAUAUAGCAAUCCAUUUAAAUAUAUAGCUGCUUGUUUAUUAGAUCAUAUUUAUGAAUGGAUGUUCUACCGUUUUGUAUAUUACAUUGUGGGUGUAUCUGCUGUAUUGUUACAUAAAGAUAUACUAAAUCAACGCAUUAUACAAGAAUGGUAUAAUCGUGAUAUUCGUGUAAUGGCAUGGACAGUAAAUCUACCAUCAGAGAAAUCACAUUUCUCACGACUAUUCAAAGUUACAUAUUUAACAGAUACAUUAUUGGUCGAAAAAGAUAUGUAA